CGCGGUUCAAAACUUGCAGCAGUCGCACCGAAGCCGCUCUGUUCUCCAGCGCCUCUCUCUUCCUGCCUGUCUUUUUAGUUUUUAAAGUGGACAAACUGAUAUUUUUACUCAUGUGUUAAAGUGUGCGGCUCUACACCGGGAGGAAGUUACCGUGUUUUUCUUCGCUCCGUUUUUUUUUUCUUUUAUAGUUGGUAAAGCAGCGGGGGGAAAUGUCCAGCUGAGGAUUUGGAAAUCCUGAAAACCACAGGGCCUGUUUUUGUAAUGAUUGAUCAAUGCUUCGACAAUGGCGGUAAAGGCACAAGUGUUAUAUGACUUCAUUGCUGAGCCUGGAAACAACGAGUUGUCAGUGAAAGAAGGCGAGACGGUCACCAUCACCAAUCAGAAUAUUGGCGGCGGCUGGAUCGAAGCACAGAACUCCAGAGGGGAGGUUGGACUGGUUCCAGAAGACUACAUCGAGUUUGGUCAGCAGUUUCCAUCGUUCCCAGCAGCUGGAGGCCCAGCACAUACUCCAAGUGUAGGAAAUGUUGCAUCUGCGGACCUGUCCAUCUUUGAUGCCUAUGCGCCCCAAUCAGCACCUGCACAAAGCCAGGUGGAUGCUGGGGGCUUAAGUCCCCAGCCGGACACCCCCGACACCCCAGUUACCCCCUACCUUUCGUCCCCUGAUGAGGCAAGUAACGGUAAUGAUCCAUGGUCGGUGUGGAACGCGGACCCCUCGGGGGGCUCCAACAACAACUGGGCGUCCAACCCAGAGGGCACCCAGACUGGGAAGACUGCUGCUGACCCCUGGAGUGCCGCAUCCCAGGGCCAUCCGCAGGCUUAUCAGGGCCCAGGAGCAGAGGACGAUGAGUGGGACGAUGAGUGGGAUGACAUGAAGUCGACUGGAGGUUACACCGAGUCAGAAUCCGGAGAAAGUGGAGCAAUGCAGAGAGGAGGGGCUCAUGCAUCUUCAAUGAAAAUAUCCCUCAACAAGUUUCCAGGGUUCUCUAAGUCAGGUCCAGAGCUCUACCUCCUAUGCAAGCAGCUCGCUAAAGGCAAAGAGAAGCUACCAAUCUAUAUGGGAGAAGUUGGACCAGUCUGGUCUUACCCAGAAAGUCAGCUAGACUGCGUGGUGGCCGAUCCCAAGAAAGGCUCGAAGAUGUACGGCCUCAAGAGCUACAUCGAGUACCAAAUCGUCCCCAGUACCACAAACCGACCGGUCAAUCACAGAUACAAGCACUUUGACUGGCUGUACGAGAGGCUGCUGGACAAGUUCGGCUCAGCCAUCCCCAUCCCCUCUCUACCAGACAAGCAGGUGACAGGGCGAUUUGAGGAAGAAUUUAUUAAAAUGCGUAUGGAGCGGUUGCAGGGCUGGAUGACCAGGAUGUGCAGGCACCCGAUUGUUUCUUGCAGCGAAGUAUUCCAGACUUUCCUCACCUACAAGGAUGAGAAGGACUGGAAGAUGGGGAAGAGAAAAGCAGAGAAGGACGAGACGGUGGGAGUGAUGAUCUUCUCCACGAUAGAGCCUGAAGGGCCGGACCUGGAUCCUGUCGAAGUGGAACAGAAGUGUGAGCAGUUCAGCAGGUUUACCAAAUCCAUGGACGACGGCGUGAAGGAGAUCCUCACUGUCGGCCACGAGCACUGGAAGAGAUGCACGGGCCCUUUGCCGAAAGAGUACCAGAGAAUCGGCAAAGCCUUCCAAAACCUCUCCUCCGUCUUCACCAGCAGUGGAUACCAAGGCGAGUCAACUCUGACUGAUGCCAUGACAGCAGCAGGCAAGACGUAUGAGGAAAUAGCUCAGCUGGUGGCAGAGCAGCCCAGGAAAGACCUCCACUUCCUCAUGGAGACCAACAAUGAAUAUAAGGGUCUUCUGGGGUGCUUCCCGGACACCAUCGGGGUCCAUAAGGCAGCCAUAGACAAGGUGAAAGAGGGCGACAAGCUGGUUGCCACCAGUAAAAUCACCCCUCAGGACAAAGUCACCAUGGCUAAACGAGUUAGCAUCAUGUCUUACGCAUUACAAGCUGAGAUGAACCACUUCCAUAGCAAUCGUAUCUAUGACUACAACAGGGUCAUGCAGUUGUACCUGGAGGAGCAAGUCAAGUUUUACGAGACGAUUGCUGAGAAGCUGAGGCAAGCACACAGUCAGUUCACUACGAUGUGAAGGAAACAACAGCCUUCGGUCUCGCACUACUUCAAGACGAGAAAACCAGCUCGACAUCCAAAAUAUUCUCGCUUACACUGCAGUCUUUUCCCUCCCUUUUAAUUUAAAUUUCACUUCUCUAUCCCUAGCGUGCCCUUCACCUCAUCUCUCCCUUCACUGCUCAUGCCAACAGCUGAUGAAAAGGCUUUGACACCUGUGUGUGAGUGUGUGUGUGUGUGUGUGUGUUUGUUUGUUUUUUUUAGGGCCAGCAAUGAUAGCAGAACAAAACGCACUAUUUACACACACCCUUUCCUCUGUCCAAGGUCUGCAGCUUGAGACACAGGAAGUUAACGUCACAGACUCACAGAUUGUGUGCAUGAAUUGCUAAAUUGCAUGAGUCAAAAAACUAGAAAUACUGAUUUUUAAAGUGACAUUUGAUUCAUUUUUCCAUGUUAUGAAUAGUUUUGGAAAGGGGUUUACACGUGUUGCAAACCUGCUGUCUGCUCACCGAAAACCAAAGCCAUCCUCCCUGUCAAUAGCCGGGGAUUGAUUUCUAACCAGAGCUUUACAUUUGGUCUAUUGAGAUUAUCAGUUAGAGCCCGAACAUCUUUCACAUCUCAGCAUUUCUUUAUGAAUCCAAUCAUGAAUUUUGGUAAGAGUUGGCAAAGGCAGAGUGUGUGUCCUCUGUACGUCCACUGCUGGCAGUCCCUCGCCCCCUUUUCAUCCUGCACUUCCUCAAAAGCUAACAGGAAGCUCCACCCCCUUCCUGUCUCGCUCACGUGCCUUUUCCCCUUCGAGGGAUGAAAAAGAAAUGGUUGCCCAAGUCACCCCCUCCCCACCUGCGUACCAUGACACGGCAGUUUACAUUUGCAGGGAGAAAAGAAAUAAGCAGGAUAAUAAAUAGUCAAGUUGUGUUGGAUUGUUUUUUUAAAUCGUUGCUGAAGGAAUACCUCCCUGCAGGCGGUGCCAAACACAAACACUUUCUCUCGGUUCUGCUGAAGAACAUUUGUCCCUGCGGUGUUUUUAUAUGAAGGUGUAAGAAUCUGUACUAAUAAGAAGGGUUUGUGAUGGAGUCACGGAUUGUCACGUACGCAGUUUUGCUUUUUCACUGCCCAGUUUCCAAUCAGCCUCUAAUCUUUUUCUCACUCUUUGUUUUCUUAUCACUUGAUACAUGAAAAAAUAUACAUAUAUAAAUAUAUAUUCUAUCUGACCUAUCAGGUGCUUCUUGUCAUUGAGAUACUAUUUUAUGUAUAGAAGUAUUUGCAAUACAGUGUAACUCAAAGAGAAGCAGAAAUUAUGUUUGAUUUAUUAAACAAUGAUUUGUACUCAGUG